UUCUGUGACUCAGAGACUGGGGUAGGACAUAUCUGCUCGCUUUCUUCACUAGAUUUGUGGCUGCAGACCUUUUUAAAAUAAGAUAGUUCUGCCUUUUCUGAAUGGAGUUACAAGGAGCUAAUGAUGGCAUUCGCCUGGCUGCGUACAGACCCACUCUUCCUGUGUCGGUGGGUAAUGGUAAGGCAACAUCAGGAGAGUUUGAGUCGAAUUACUAUACGUGUGACAGUGACGGCAGCAGUGUCGCGUCCCGCGGAUCUGUUGCUUUAACUGGCUAUGAGACUCUGGAUGCCCCCCCACGCUAUGACUUCUACACCAACACGGAGGUGUGGGGCCGACGGAAGCAGUUCAGACCGUCUCUGUUCCAGCUGCAUGCCAAACCCGAGUAUGAUUCCAGACCCCCCAUGUAUGAAGAGACGACAGCUGGACAGGCAGGAGGGGGGGACAGCUCUGAGGAAGAUGAGGAUGAGCAAAAGGAGCCGCCAUCUGAGCCCACACGUUUUGGAUGGGUGCAGGGAGUCAUGAUCCGCUGCAUGUUAAACAUAUGGGGAGUGAUCUUGUACCUGCGGCUUCCUUGGAUCACGGCUCAGGCUGGUAUAGGUAUGACGUGGAUAAUCAUUCUGCUGUCCACUUGUAUAACUGGGAUCACUGGUCUCUCGACCUCAGCCAUCGCCACCAAUGGCAAAGUCAAAGGAGGUGGGACCUACUUCCUGAUCAGUCGCAGCCUCGGCCCAGAGCUGGGCGGCUCAAUCGGGCUGAUCUUUGCCUUUGCCAAUGCUGUAGCUGUGGCAAUGCACACUGUGGGCUUUGCUGAGACUGUUGCAGACCUCAUGCGUGAAAAUGGAGCUCUCAUGGUGGAUCGAACUAAUGACAUCCGCAUCAUCGGCAUCAUCACGGUCACGUGUCUGCUGGGCAUCUCAAUGGCUGGCAUGUCCUGGGAGUCAAAGGCGCAGGUUGUGUUCUUCCUGCUCAUCAUGGUGUCAUUUGCCAGUUACAUUGUUGGAACACUCAUUCCGGCUUCACCUGAGAAACAGUCCAAAGGUUUCUUUAACUACAAAGCGAGCAUCUUUGCUGAAAAUUUUGUACCCAGCUGGCGGGGGCCAGGGGGCAGCUUCUUUGGCAUGUUCUCUAUUUUCUUCCCCUCCGCCACGGGCAUCCUGGCAGGAGCUAACAUCUCUGGAGAUCUGAAGAAUCCAGCUGUGGCCAUUCCCCGAGGGACGCUGUUGGCUAUUUUCUGGACCACGACCUCUUACCUCAUCAUCUCUGCUACCAUUGGAUCCUGCGUGGUGCGCGACGCGUCCGGCCUGUUGAACGACUCGCUGCCUUCCUCCUCACCCUCUGAGGGCUGCACUAGUAUAGAGUGCCAGUAUGGAUGGGACUUCUCUGAGUGUAUGAACAAUAAGACGUGCCCCUACGGGAUCAGCAACUACUAUCAGUCACUGAGCAUGGUGUCAGCCUUCGGCCCUCUCAUCACCGCUGGUAUAUUUGGAGCAACUUUGUCCUCAGCUUUGGCCUGCCUGGUGUCUGCUCCCAAAGUCUUCCAGUGUCUGUGUAAGGACCAACUCUACCCUUUCAUUGGUGUCUUUGGCAAAGGUUAUGGCAAGAACAAUGAACCAAUCAGAGGCUACCUACUCACAUAUGUCAUCGCUGCUUGUUUCAUCCUCAUUGCUGAGCUGAACACCAUCGCCCCCAUCAUCUCCAACUUCUUCCUCUGCUCCUACUCUCUGAUCAACUUCAGCUGCUUCCAUGCAUCAAUCACCAACUCACCAGGCUGGCGUCCAUCCUUCAAGUUCUACAGUAAGUGGCUGUCUCUGCUGUGUGCUGUGAUUUCGGUGGUGAUCAUGUUCCUGCUGACGUGGUGGGCAGCCCUCAUUGCUUUUGGUGUUGUCUUUAUUCUCUUGUCAUACACACUCUACAAGAAGCCAGAGGUGAACUGGGGCUCAUCAAUGCAGGCGAGCUUCUACAACAGGGCUCUGAAUCAGUGUGCAGGUCUCAACAAUGUGGAGGACCACGUCAAGAACUACAGACCCCAGUGUUUGGUGCUGACGGGUCCUCCCAGCACCCGUCCUGCUCUGGUGGAUCUCGUCAGCUGUUUCACGAAGCAUCUCAGUCUCAUGUUAUGUGGAAAUGUGGUCACUGACACCCCCUCUCCUUCAGCCCUGGAGAACGCAGUCAGUGACAGUCACCUUAACUGGCUGAACCAAAGGAAGGUCGGGUCCUUCUACAGAGGAGUGCUGGCUGCAGAUCUGCGAUGUGGGGUGAACGUGCUGCUACAGGGGGCAGGUUUGGGCCGAAUGAAGCCAAAUGUUCUGCUCAUGGGCUUCAAGAAGGACUGGCGAAGUGACACACCUCAGGCUGCUCACAACUACAUAGAAAUACUGCAUGAUGCAUUUGACCUGCAGUUUGGUGUGUGCGUGCUGAGAAUGAAAGAGGGAUUAGAUGUCUCCCAUCCAUCUCAGUCACAUGUUAAUCCAGGUUUUGAUGCUGGGCCAGAGAACAUGAACGCUCCUUCCUGCAUUCAGACCAGCGCUGCAUCUUCUGUGUCCAUCGAGCCCGAGCCUCAGCACAGUACGCAGUUUCAGAAAAAACAGGGAAAGAAGACCAUCGACGUGUACUGGCUGUCUGAUGAUGGAGGUCUGACCCUGCUGCUGCCUUACCUGCUGACCCGCAGAAAGCGCUGGGCCAGGUGUAAGGUCCGAGUAUUUGUGGGAGGAGAAACAGACAAAAAGGAGGAGAAGAGACAGGAGGUCUUAGAGCUCAUCAAGAAGUUCCGUCUUGAUUUCCACAAUGUUGAAGUGCUGCCUGACGUCUACCAGACUCCUCAGCCGAUGAAUGUCCAUCAGUUUGAAAAGAUGAUCAGUCGCUUCAGGCUGGAUACAAAAUCUAAGCCGGACUCCGAUUCUGGACCUGCAAGCCAGCAUGAGAAGCCCUGGAUGAUCACCGAGCAGGACUUGGAGAAGAACAAGGCUAAGUCUCUGCGCCAGAUCCGUCUGAACGAGGUGCUGCUGGAUUACUCCAGAGAGGCCGCUCUGAUCAUUGUCACCAUGCCAGUGGGGAGGAGAGGAGUGUGUCCCAGCUCUCUCUACCUGGCGUGGCUCGACUUCUUGUCACGUGAUCUAAGACCUCCAGUCCUAUUGGUCAGAGGAAACCAGCAAAACGUUCUUACCUUCUACUGCCAGUGAACACUCCGAGACCAGUGGUCACACGAUGAAACGGAUGAUCCUGACACAGCAGCACCUUAUAGAUCACAGGAGGGGUUUAUUUGUCAGAUUAUUUGUAAUAUUUUUUCCAAUAGCCUCUCACAGUUAUGAGCACAUGAAGUGAUUUGGUACCUUUGAUCAAAGCUAUGAACACAAAGUAGUUACUUUAAUUAGAAUAAAAGAUGAUCUCUGCUAUACAGCGUGCUGCAUGUUUACCGGUUAGGUCCCCUCGUACUGAUUUUGCACUCUCCACUUUAGUUCAUUUUGAGUCUUUAUUGUAUAUUAUAGUGACUGCCAGCGUCUGUGCUUCCUGGCAGCAGAGUCUGUAUGAGCUGUAGAGUCCAUAAUCACAGGUCUGUGGAUCUGAAUGGGCUGAAAAUGAGCCUCAGUGUCUUUAUUCACUGAAACAGUAGAAAUGCUAAAAUCAUAAUAAAUAUAAACCAUUGAGAAUACUGACACUUCCUGUGACUGGGAUCAUUACGGUAAGAGCUCGAGUUGGAGAUUCCUUCAUGACCACUCAGCUCCAGAGCAUGUUAGCUGUUAUGAGUUACUAGAGUGACUAACGAGCUAUUACAGACUCAUCAGCACACCCUAAGACCACGUUUAUCUGUCAGGCUGUUUGUAAGUAUUUUUUUGGGGGGGGGGGUUGGAAACUGAAAGCCAAAUUAUUAGACUAAUUAUAACUGUGUAAGAUUUUACCUCAAACAUGUGGCAUAAUUUUUUCAUCCAAAAAAAAAAUAAAGUGAAAUAGUUAAGAAAUGUUUUUAGGUUGAAGACAUUUUGGCAUAUGGGAGGUGAUGUGUAUGAUCAGUAUGUGACUGACACCGCAGAGCUUUGUGGACUUUAACUGACCAAUCUGUGAUUCCUGUGUUAGGGUUUCUUUCACCUGGAUUUUAACUACUGAUGAUAACUGACAUGUUUAUUACUGCACAUAAAAACAUGUCCUUCCAACCUCAUAAGGAAGAGAGGACGGUUAUUUUACUAGGCCUUAAAAAAGCUUUGCUUCCAGUGACCCUGCUGGGUGAGAAGCAAACAGAAUUAAUUAAGCCUUAAUGUAUGAAUGCUCUUAAUCACACUGUAUUCAUAGCUGCAUUGUCACAACCAAACAGUGGUUACACUUCAGUGUCUGUUGUCAAAGGUCAAUCAGAUCUCCUCAUUUGUAACUGUAACCAAUAAUGACAUCCCUAAAUGUGUUUCACCACCUGAGUCGGUCCUUUGACCUCAUCAUCAUUUUGACUACAAACUGCAGCAACAUUGACAUCAACACCAGCAACAGUAAAUCUAGAGAAGUGAGGUCCAUAUGAGAGUCGUAUUAAUGGAAAUACGUGAGGUCCAAAUAAUUAUACAAGUCUCUGAUAUAAUUGACAUUGCUAAAAAUGCUAAAUAUGCAUCUGAAUCUUUGUAUCUAUCUAUGGAUUUGUGGCAAAGGUGAAGUGUUUUAAUUUUA